AUGAGUAAUGCCUCAGUCGUGGCCGAAUUGAUCCUGCUGGGCAUCCCGCACACAGAGGGUCUGCAGACCACGCUCUUCGUCCUGUUUCUGUCCUUGUACAUCUUCACUCUCGCGGGGAACCUGCUCAUCCUACUGGCAAUCGUCUCCUCCACCCGGCUUCACACUCCCAUGUACUUCUUCCUGUGCAAACUGUCUGUGUGUGACAUGUUUUUCCCUUCCGUGAGUUCCCCCGAGAUGCUCUUGUGCCUCGCAGGGAACAGCCGAGCCAUCUCCUAUGCAGGCUGCGCGUCCCAGCUCUUCUUCUACCACUUCCUGGGCUGCACCGAGUGUUUCCUGCACACGGUGAUGGCCUCUGACCGCUUUGUUGCCAUCUGUCACCCUCUACGCUACACGAUGAUCAUGAGCCGCAGGGUGUGUGCCAUCCUGGCCGUGGGAACCUCCUUUUUUGGUUGUAUUCAGGCCACCUUUCUAACCACCCUCACCUGCCAGUUGCCUUACUGUGGCCCCAGUGAGGUGGACUAUUUCUUCUGUGACAUCCCGGUGAUGCUGAAGCUGGCGUGUGCAGAUACCUCAGCCCUGGAGAUGGUGGGGCUCAUCAGUGUGGGCCUCAUGCCCCUCAGCUGCUUCCUUCUCAUCCUCACCUCUUACAGCCGCAUCGUCUACUCCAUCCUGCAGAUCCGCUCUGCAGAGGGCCGACGCCGUGCCUUUUCUACCUGCAGUGCGCACCUCACCGCCAUCCUCCUCUCCUUUAUGCCAGUGGUCCUCAUCUAUCUGCAGCCCACUCCCAACCCCUGGCUUAAUGCAACUGUGCAGGUCUUGAAUAACCUGGUCACCCCCAUGUUAAACCCCUUGAUCUAUAGCCUGAGAAAUAAAGAAGUGAAAUGCUCUCUGAUUAAGGUACCGCAGCAGGUGGCCUUCCUUCCUGAGAAGUGA